AUGGAUGGUGGACGACUCGCCGAGAUGCCCGGCAGCCUGGAGGAGGCAAUCGUGUCCUGCCGCGAUGGUGACGGUGGUUACCAAGCCACGAUUCCCAACACCACUACAAUUGCUAGCUUGGCCAACAAAGGCCCGGUGGACGGCGGGCCUGACCUCCUCCGCACGCUGCGAAGUUUGGCGUCGGGUGAAGUGGUGAAAAGCGAAGAUGCAGGGGUAGCUCAUGUUCGGGAUGCAGGCUACAGCCACAACGAAGACACAGAGGAGAUGCGCGAGGAUGUGAAGUCUCUGCAGAAGAAUACCCUGGAGCUCUGCCGAAAGAUGAAAGCUGUGCCCAGCAUCGUGCAGGAACUCCGCAACUUUCAAGAUCGUGAGUCCCGGCCGGCCGCGAUGAUCCAGUUCUUGAAGACGCUCGCAGACAUGCAGGAGCUCACCCUGAAACGCCUGAGCACGACUGUGGAAGAGGAGAAGAGCCGACAGGAGCUCCUGGAGCACUACAAGAGCCGUGAAGCCGAGGCGAGCACCCGGCGGCAGCAGCUCGACACAGACUUGCGGACCAUUCGUCGCGAAUGCGAGCGAGCGCAGUCCCAUCGAAAUGAGAUCCUCACGAAACUCAAAGCAGACCUCAUCAACGUGAAGGACACGAAGAAAGACAAGAUGGAUGCUCUCAAGAACAAGUACGAUCAGCGAAUGAAUCAGCACCAAGAGACGUUCGAGGCCAAGCGGGAUGAGCUUCAAAAGAAGAUCAAUGCCCUCCUGGAGUCCAACAAAAAGCUCAAAGCGCAAUCGUGGGAUGAGGAGAUGGAUCAGAUCCGAAAGGCGAAGCGUUAUGAGACGGACGUGGAUCUCGUCAUCACCAAGUACGACACAGAGGUGAAAGAGCUGGCGAAGAACUACAGUGAGAAUGCCGAGCAUCUCAAGAAGGAGCAGCGCCAACUGGCCGACCUUCGCGAGCACUUUGAAAAGGUGGAGGAGGAGAACGCCUGCAUCCAGGCGGAGGAGGCGCUGGUGGCCGCUCGCAAGAAGAAGUUGGACGACGAGAAGAGGCUGAAGAACGAGAUGGCUGCCAUGCUCCAGGCCUAUUGGCGUGGCAUCCUCAAGAGAGAGGAGUACGUGGCGGAGAAGAAGAAAGCAAAGAAGAAGAAGGGCGGCAAGAAGAAGUGA